AAAUUUGAUUACAUAUGUUUCAUUCUUUUUCAACGUUUUUCUUUUGUUUUAGAGUGAAUAUUACUGUGGGAAACAUAUUUGAUUCAUAUAUUUCUCUUUGGAUUCUUAUAUUUGAUUCACAUUUUGAGGAUGGGUAAUAUUGUAUAUAGAAACUUGUGAAAGCAUGAUGAAGUACUAUUUGAUUCAAUAUUGUCAUUAAAAUGUGCGUGGGGAAAUAAGAAAUGUGAGUGGAAAUAGCAGCACCAAUAUCAACUAUACCUGCAUAUAUUGUAGAUUCGUAUUUGUUAUUUUGGUAUUUUUUUUUUUUUUUAAAAAAAAGGACUUGGUUAAAUAGCAGCACAACAAAAUGAGUGUAUGCCAUAGAGGUUCCUUUUGGAGCUAUAUUUUUCGUUUGUAUGCUAAGUAUUGCAUAUAUCCUCCGAUUGUUGUUGUUGUUUUUUUGUUUUUUGUUUUUUUCCAUUUCUUCCUUUUAUCCAUUAAUUUUUUUUAAAACUGUCUAUGAUGAGAAAAACUCAUGCCAAAAAAGAAAAAAAUUAUCAUGAUGUGAAUAUGAUUAUGUGCUGCUUCAAAUGUCCCCAAGGGCACCUUUUCUGGUUUUGAAGUGAAGGAAAGGAUGGAGAACUCCAAAGACUUUGGUCGUUUCUGUCACCCCAAUUCGCAGAACAAAAUUUCUAAAGGUUCCUGCCUGAGCAAGUUGUCAAUGCGUGAAAGCAUAUUCUCAGAUCCUCACCAUGAAUUUGAUCAUGGCCGGGAAUCACCUUCAGAAAGAGAGAGAGAAGACAGCUCAGUUUAUAAUGAAGAGUAUAAACAUGUUGUACAGUCUGCUGAUCAGAGCAGCCAUGAAGAAUCUGAUGCUGAUGAAAACCCAAACGCUGAAGGAGAUAAGCAGCUGAUGGAUCGGCCAAAACCCUACCAUGAAUUCUUAGAUGAGUUCAAGCAGCAGGAGCUCAAGGCUGAAAUAGAAGCAUGGACAAAGGCUGAGCAUAUGAGACUCGUGACCAAGUUGAGAGAAGAAGAGGCUGCUAUAGACGACUGGGAAUUCAAGCAGACCAGCAAGGCCUUGAAGGAGAUUAAAAAGAUUGAGAGCAAACUGGAGAAGCAACGUGCAAAAGCAGUGGAGAACACAUGGAAGAAUAUGCGCAUAGCCAAGGAAGAGGCACACAAGAAGAAGAUAAAAGUAAGACGAUCCACAAUCGGGAAAAUAUCUGCAGUUUCAGAAACUUACCAGAGGGCUACCUUCUCCACCAAGAAACUCAUAUGGCACAAAGUCGCUGCCUACUGCAAGUCUAUGUAUCUCAAAUCUGUCCGAUGCACUGCGCUAACAUCAGAAAUGCGACGAUCCUAAACCAUUUGCUUUCUCUGACUCCUUAAACAUAGAGGAUAAAAUCACAGAAGAAGCUAUCUGGCAUGGGACACAACCGAACCAUAUGUAAUUGAAAUCAACUAAUCUUUCAUGUCAUGCCAUGUUGGUCUAGGAAAGUUUAGACUCUGAUGAUACUUUUGUUAUCUAAACUGCAAGAAAUAAACUUGGGUAUUAUUUCCACCAGAAGUCAUUGAACCCUAUGUUAAUAGUGAUAGCGCAAUCCCUACUAUUUGUUAAACCCCCAAAAGCUCCUCUUUCUCAACACUGAGAAACUCUUCAAAUGAAUUAUCACUCAACCCAACACCACCUUUUUUUAGCGGCAAAUCUCAAUAAUCCAUUUUCGGAGCAAACUUGCAGGUGAGCCUACUUGUAUUGGUGGAUCCUACCUCUACAAGAGGUGGUACAUAUCCACCACUUUAGGUGCAAAAGAGGUGCGUAGUGCUUCCUUUGCAAAAGAUCAAACUCUUUGCCAUAAUCAUCUUCAA